UGCAGUCUCGUAUAUCAUUUUCACUUUCAGUUUCGGACAGAUAGAACCUGAUAGAACAUUUGCUAAAUGGGGAUCGAUAUAGACAGAUUCGUGGACGUCAGUCCUGAACUAGUGUGUUGUAUUUGCACUGGUGUGCUAGAAGAUCCAGUAGAGUCGCCCUGUAGACACGUUUUCUGCUCCGAAUGCAUCUCAAAAUGGCUACAAAAUAAUUCAAACUGUCCGACCUGUCGAAGCCAAGUGCGUGCAAAAAAUCUGAAACCAGUUCUUCCACUUGUCAGAAAUAUCAUUUCUAAACUAAAGAUUCACUGUGACUUUAAAACCCAAGGCUGUAAGGCUAUUGUGUCCCUCGAAUCGCUGAAGAGACAUGCUACUAUCUGUGUGAUGGCACCCGUGACUUGCACCUAUGCUAACUGCGGGAAAGUUGUACCUAAAAAGGACUUGGACAAACACAGAAGAAUCUGCCCUUUGAGGACAACUGUCUGCAUUAAAGGAUGCGGACUUGAAAUGUUGGCCUCCAAGUUACACACGCACAAUUGUAUCAAGGAAUUGAAAAAGAAAAUGGAUGAUCAAGGAGAGAGAAUUGGAAAGCUGGAAGAUCAAGUCAAAUACCUGCAGUCGGCUCUGAGGAGGUUAGAAGAGGUUGCCCAAGUAUCUUCACCAAGGUACAGUCCUGAGAGAAGCAGACGGCAGAGUUCCAGUCCUGAGAGAAGCAGAGGUAGACGGCAAAGUUCCAGUCCUGAGAUAAGCAGAGGCAGAUGGCAGAGUUCCAGUCCUGAGAUAAGCAGAGGCAGACGGCAGAGCUCCAGUCCUGAGAUAAGGAGAUUAGGCACCAGACGGCAUAGAUCGCGUACAUCCAGUCCUCCAGAUUGGAAUCAUAGUAACAGUCCUCCAAGGAGGAGGAGGAGGAGGGAUUUUUCUAUGACACCAGAGUACCUAACUAGUACAAGCUUUGAUUCAUCGCUAUCAAGUGAUAGUGAUAGUGAUUGAGAGUCUAAUAAAUGAUCAAGAGAAAAAAGACUGGUUUGGAAUAUGGCUAAAUAUAAGAGCAGGGAUUUAUAUUUGUUUAACUGUCUGCAUGGAGUGUGAUAAAUGUGUCUCUUUGAAUGAAAUUUAUUCAGUAGUAUUAAAUCAGAACAUAACACAAAUUUAAAGAUUCACAAAGAUAGGUGAAUCAGUCAUUGAAGUGCAUCACCAGAUUAAAAAAAGCUGUUGUUUAUGGGUAACAAUUAAUCAAAAAAAUUGCAUUUUCGAAUGUAUAUUUUUUUACAAUAAUCUCUGAUGACAGUCUUUAUAAACGUAUGACCAAGAUGACCAUGCUAAUUUAUGGAUGGCAAAUAUAACACUAGACUCGGUUUUCAGUGGUUAAGUCAUGCGCUUCUCCUCCAACAGACAGCUGGUUAAGGUACCAUGUCUAAGACGUCACAUUGUAAUUUAGGCCACACGCAUCCAGAGGUUUUUAAAACAAGUUUUUUUCCAUAUUCAAGCAAAAAGCAUCCACACAAAAGCAUACAAUACGCAUCCACACAAAAGCAUACAAUACGUAUUUGCCAUCCACACGAAAAUGCUGGGUAUAAAGAAAUACCAUAGGAUAGACUACUAUGCAUGUGCUGUAGGACAAGGAGUAAGCAACCUGAUUCUAUUACGUCAUCGUAUUAAAAAAAAAGACCUCUGUUUUCAGUGUCCACAAGUGUACAGAGAACCUCUGUUUUCAAGAACCUCCGCUCUGGAGACCAUAUUCAAAAACCUCUGUUUUCGGUGCCCGAAUAAGCCAAAUUAAAUGUAUUUGCACAUUUGAAAAUCGCUUCAAACUCUUUCUGACCUAAUAAAUGGCUUAAAACUU